UCCCUCCCCCAGCUGGAAGAGCCCACAUACUUUUGUUGAUUGUUUCCUGCAGUCGCGUGACUGACGCUGGGAAGCAGAUAUUGGCACCAGGAGACAAGAUGUCCCUCACUGUGAAAAACCUUUCUGUUACUUACAAUCCUAUCAAUCAGGGCAAUACCUUCACCAGCGGGGAUUUUAUAUCGGGACAAGUCAUUCUGGAUGUAGCGAAGGACACAAAAAUGCAGUCGUUGAGUGUGAAAAUUAAGGGUAAAGCUGAAGUGCACUGGACCGAACGUCACGGAAAAACCACUGUAGUUUACUCGGAUAAGGAGAAGUUUUAUUCCGUGGAGAGAUUUUUUGUUCGGGAAGACAUAACACAUGGAAAUGAGAUGCUGAAAGAUCCAUCAGGACAGCCGUAUUCUUCUGUUGUGGCACCAGGGCGUCAUGUUUACCCAUUUACCUUUCAGUUGCCUCUACAGCACUUCCCACCAACCUUCAAAGGUUCAGUUGGAAAAGUUGUCUACACUUUGGAGACAAAACUUUCCAGAUCAAUGCGUAUUUCCAGCAAAGACAAAACCGAGUUUCAUUAUGUCCCCAGACCAGUUGUGUCCAAUCCUGAACUAAUGUCACCUCAGCAUGGAGCCAAAGAUAAACAAAUGAAACUCUUCUCUUCUGGGAGUGUCUCAAUGAACAUAAACACUGAGAAAAUGGGAUACUACCUUGGAGAGGGCUUGAAAGUUUUGGCUGAAGUUCAGAACAGUUCUUCCCGUACAAUCAAACCAAAAUACUGCUUGUAUGAAAAACACAGCUUUUUUGCAAGAGGCAAGAGGAGACUACACACACAUGACCUGCUUAAAGAGGCAGGGGAACCCAUUGAGCCAAACUCAAAGAAAACUGUCACCAAAGUGCUGUCCAUUCCACCCAGCCUUGCCAUAUCUAUCCUAAACUGUAGGAUCCUCAAGGUUGAGUACAGACUCAGGGUCUACCUGGAUGUGCCAUAUGCCUCAGAUCCAGAGAUUAAAUUCCCAGUUGUGAUUCUUCCUCCUCCGCCUGUCUCAGGGGCUACAAACAGUGACUUUGGAAUCUGGAAUCAACCACCAGGAAGCAAUGUGUACCCCAACCCACCUCCUAUGGCUCCACUUGCACCACCACUUAAUGUGGUUGGACCACCUGGUCAGUUUGGUUCCCCUGGCUACUAUGGACCUCCUCUGAAUUUAUUUCCUGCUCCUGGUUACCCUGGACCACGGGGUCAAUUUGUUCCACCUAGUUUCCCUGGACCUCCUGGUCAUUUUGGUCCUUCAGUUUCAAAUCAGUCUGACCCAUCAGCUCCACCUCCUUAUCAGGAAUAUCAAUUUUAUCCACAGUGGCCAGACUACCCUGAAAAAUCUUGACAAAGUAAUUUUAGAAUCAGCUUAGAUUUAUUUUGUGUUAUUGUUUUAUCUAUAAUUUUGAAAUGAUUUAUAUAUACCUGUAUAGCCUUUUACAUUUUAGGUAGUGAUGUUGACUGUUAAGCAAACAACAUUCUAUACUAUUUAUUAUUUUUGUGUUUCUGAACCUUCAGUAUAGUGCUACAUUUUACAUCAAAAGUAAUUUUACUUUUAGCAUUUGUGCUGCUUUAAAAUACAUGUAUUCAACUUGAAAUGUUAAAUUGUACUAAGUGACAACUUUAAGUUAGCAUGAGCACUUUUUUUUGAAACAACAGUUUUUUUAGUGUAGAUUUACCAUCAGUUUCUGCAUGAACUGAUAAAUUGCUAUAUGCAUUUGCCAUUAAUUUAUCCAUAAACUGUUAAAAACUAUUUGAUCAGAACUUAAACUGUUACAACAAUAUAGACCAAAAAACCUUUUUGAACAUACUGAGACGCUUGUUUAUUGUUCGACUGAAUAAUGCAUUUUAUGUAUUUCUAUUUAUGUAUGAAAUAUAAAUCCGAAUUUACUCACAUAGACUCUAUAUCUUGUUAACAGCGGAUUGAGUAGUUUAUUAUUAGUUAAAACGUAGAUAUAGAUUUACUCUUUAAAGUUCCUCUAUGUAACAUUUUACCCUCUAUCGGUAAAAUAAAAAAAAUAAAAAAAACUGCAUGUUUCUUGUGGAAGAAGGCUGUGCCAGUGUUCGCAUAAAAAAAAAUGUUACUCGAGCAGGGGCCAUUUUUUAUGCUGUUGUUUGUUGAAUUGCAACAUUGUCAAAUGACAAGAAAAGUUUUCAGAUCAUUAAGACCUAAUGCUGUGUUCACACCAAACCAUACCUGUCAAGUAUCCCGUUUUGGCCGGGAAAGUCACGUAUUUUACCCUUCUUUCCCGCCGUCCUCCCGUAUUAGUAUUUUCCCGUAAGUCUCCCGUAUUUUUUUUUUUUUUUUUACCUGCGUUAUUAAUAAAAUAAUAAUAAUAAAAACAUUCCCAAUCUGAGCUCUGUCACUAGUCUCGCGAUAACUCCCACCUGUAGUAGCCUGUCGCGAGGGGUGUGUGAGGUCAGAUGACAUGAGUUAUAACGUGGGAAAAACAACAACAACAAAAGAAAAAACAGAGACGGAUGAUGGAUGCUACAAUAGAGAGUGAAGGCACACCUGCCAAAAAACCAAAACCCAUGUGUAAAUACCGUGAUAAAUGGGACAGCGAAUUUACUUUUUUAAAGAAAGCAAAGUCUGCAACAAAUUGGUACAACAACUCACUAAAAGAGUAAAAGAAAAGUUAUGUGAAAUGAAAAGAAAAACUGUUAAAGAAAAGCAAUAUGAAAUGAAAAGAAUGUGUGGAAUUAAAAUAAAAUGUAAAUGUAAAGACAAGCAAUGUUAAAUUAACAGAAAAUAUGCAAAUAAGCCUUUAAAUAAAUGCUCUUCAUAUAUACCCUUUUGUGUUUUAAUUUGGGCUAUAACACCUGUCUUAAAAUGUAAGGGAUACUGGAGCUUUGUUGGGGUGGUGGGACUGCUCGCAAUGGGCACUGGAAAAUUUCCCUUAUUUUCAAAUCCAAAACUUGACAGGUAUGCACCAAACGCAAAUAGAGCAUCUGGCGCGAAUGAUUUCAUUGUUAAGUCAAUGCAAAUGAAAGGCGCAAAUGGUGCUCAUAUAAUGGAAGGCCAAAAGGGUCAAAUUCACGUGAAUUUUAACGCGUCAACAACACGUUAAAUAUGUGUAUUUCACGCGUAAACAACACGUAUUUAACGCGUAUUUAACGUCUAUUUAACGUGUAUUUCACGUGUUAAAUACACGUGAAGUACUUGUUAAAAAUCAGUUUGAAUGGGUCAAUGUCAUUGGUUGCUGAGGACUUGGGUCAAACCACUUCUUUGAGCUUAGAGGGGUGUACCAUUCACAGACAGGCAACCAUCAUUUAACAUGCUAUAGAUCAGCUUAUUCAGCCUUAUUAUUUUGUAUUUUUUGUAUAGCCUAUAGAAAUAAUAUAUUUAAAUUGCAGUUUUAUUUAUUUGUAUCUUUAAUAAAUAUUAAUUAAAAUUUUGUGGUGAUAGUUUAUUGUUUAUAAAAGUUACAGUAUUUUGUAAUGAAACAGGACUUUUUGUUUAGCUCUUGACUUGCCGAAGUAUACUAUUUAAAUACUGUUGCUUUCUGAGUGCCAUACACAAAAAUACCAACUCAUAACUCCACGAAUAUAGCAAGGAGAGUCAAAAGUUACAGUCUGAUUCUACUGUGAUGAUCCAAGGGGCUGUAGUAUUUUAUUUUGCCCAGCAGGUGUCAUGGGGUAACACUUUUUGUGUCUUUAGGUUAAGUGCUGUGAUGCAGGUGUGGAAAAUUGAUUGUGAUUAACAAUGCUGCCUAUAAGAUGCUGGCUUUCUUACCCUCUGGAGGGAAGGAGAUUGGGGCUUGGUCUCUGCUGGUCUUGCUGUUUGGUGGUCAGGCGGACUUUCUCACGCUCUCCAGUCCAAGGCUUGAUGUUGUGUUUUUGUAUCUUUAUAUUUUUUAUGUUUUACCUCAAUGUAGUUAUGUCUGUUUUCUGAUUAAAACACAUAUUUGUGCAAAUUUGAUUAUGUUGUAUGGACUCUCUAUUCAUGUUGCUACUCCUUGAUCCAAGGGGUUGUAACACUACGUUCUGUCAAAAUGUUUAAUAGAGCUCUCCAACUGAUUCAUGGGUUUAGGUAUUAUUUACAUAUGAAAGAUCGUAAUGGAUUGUUUUGAUUUUGGACUCAUUUCAAUCUUGAGAAUCUGCUGUAAAUAAUGAUAUGCCAUUUUUCACAAUCAGAGCAUGUUUCAUGAAGUUAUAAAGGUAAAACCAUGAGAAUAUUGCAGCAUGUGUGCAUUUUGAGUUUUUUUUGUUUUGUUUUUUGUUAUAAUUCGAUGACGAAUAUCUUCAAAUCUAAAUGACAGAUUAUUGUAUAAUUGGGCUCAUUUUAAUUGAGAGAAUUUAAAAUUUUCCACGAGCUUUGCAUGUUUCAUGAAGUUAUGAAUGGAAAUGUAACCUAUGUUUUUUUUUUCUCAAUUGAAUGGUUCCAUGUGUGUGAUAAUAUCUUAAGUAAUAUAUUUAGAUCAAGUGAACAAAUUACCAUGAAUUUGAGCUCCUUUUAAUCUGGAGAAUUUUCUGGAAAAAUGACAUAAUUUUGCAUGAUCUACUAUGAAUGUUUCAUGAAGUUAUUAAUAAAAGCGCAAAGUGAAACUAAA